AAUGAAUAGCUAUGCCAAAAGUUUUGGCUGCUAGUGUAUUUUCUCUGGAAAAAGCAGUGCAAAAAAUACUUUGUUGACAGGGUUGAACCUGUCAAACAGGUUCCUGUACUCAAACACAUACCUGUUUCUUUUUCUUCCUCUUACACUCACUUACUCAGUACGAAACGGUACGAUGUGUAGAGAGAGCGAACACUAAAUUUAUAACAGCUAAUUAUUAGUUCAGACAAUUGUGUGAAAUGGCAGAGGAGUGUUUUGAAGACGUUGAUCCAUUCAACUGUCCAAUCUGUCUGGACGCACUCCAGGAUCCAGUGACGAUUCCCUGCGGACACAACUACUGCAUGAGCUGUGUUAAAGACUACUGGGAUAAACAUGGCAGCGAAGACACGGGUUACAGUUGCCCUCAAUGCAGGAAGAUUUUCUCGCCUCGACCGGUCCUCAACAAAAACACCAUGUUUGCAGAAGUGGUGGAGCGGUUUAAAAACACAGGCCUUCAGGAUUUUCCACCUACACAUUAUAAUGGACCUGGACACACGGAGAGACGAACCUGCACUGCAAAAAAUAUCAAGAUGUGUGAAGAUGUGUGCUGCAGGGCCCAUCUGAGAUAUCGUAGCAAUGACUAUCCAAGAGAAAAACACACAGUUAUUGUUGUAAGUGGGGAACCUAAGGGAAAUACUUGUUUGCGCCACAACAGGUUACUGGAGUUCAAUUGUCGGACAGACCAACGGUUCAUCUGCCCGUUGUGUCUAAAUGAAGCCCACCAAGGACAUGAAGCACCCCAAAAGACGAAAACACUUGAGUGCAGUACGGCUGUAAAGAAACGAGAGCACAGGAGUAAAGACAAAACAACUGGACAUGCUAGGGGAGAAUCUAAGACUACUCAUGCCACUAGGCAUAGGCACAGACACAGGAGCAGACAGACCCGGGGCUCACAUGCUAAAAGAGGCCAUGAAACACACCAGCAUAGAAGCAGUGGACACAGAGAUCAUUCGCAUGGACACAGUCAUGGUGCUGGACACCGAAAGAGACGACUGGGAGUCAUGGUCAUGACAGGAACUGGCACUAGAAGAACAUUAAAACGCCUUGAACCUUGAUUUUGAGCACAGUGUUGCAGAUGCCAUGCUGUUUUCUAGGGGAAUGUCGCUUUUUACUAGGAUUCAGGCAUCGACUGAAAGCUCACGUCAUCUUGUUGUGAGUCACAGCAAUCCAUUAAAUGUUCAUUCUAUUAUAUUACUGAAUAGUAUUAAUUAGCAUCAGUUUGUUGUUUGUUAUUCUCAACAAUUCAGUGUUGAGCUUAACAGUUAUGUUCAACAGCAAGAAAAACCUGACAAACCUAAAAUAAACUGUACACUUCAUUACAUCUUAUUAAUGUUGAAAACAACGUACUGUUUUGAAGAGUUAAGAUGUUUCCUGAAUGUUAUCAGAUUUUGUUUUUCACAUGUAGAUAGGAUAGGCUUAGUUUGACUUGAUUUCGUAACUUGUUUUCAAAUGAAAUUUAAUGACUUUUCAAUUGUUCAUUGUUACUAGAUAAAGAUUUUUUUAAAAAAAAUAUUAGGUUUAUAAACAUGGCUCAUAGCAAAAAUAAAUUUCUUGGAGUUUGAGCGGAAAAAAAUA